UGCUCUGGUAAUAUGUGACAGUUUCAGAAAUCCAUCUGAAUUGUUAAUACGCCAUUAUGUUCAUGAAGAUUAGUAGAACAAUGCCAGACAAUACAAAAUUAGAAAUUAAUGUUAUCUAGAUGUUCAAUCUAUUUUUAUUGAACACAUUGAGGUAUGUACCAUCAAAAAGUAUAUUAUGAGUCACGAUACAAAAAGAAAAGAGAUAUUUUAAGUGUUUAAGCUAUAGUUUACUAUAGCAGAAUAAAAAAGUUGUUCUGUUUCUCAAUCUGGAAAGUUCUUCAUUAUUACAAGAGAUAAGCAUUAGUGAAGAUGGUGAAUUGAGGAUUUUUCCAUGCAAAAAAUGUUUAUAAGGAUACGAGGCAUGUGUAGCAGUCUUCAUGAACGAAGAUAGGUUCAGAAAAGAAAUAGGAAUCUUUGCUGUAUCAUGGAUCCAUCAAACUUAAGUAAUUCUGACAUACCAAUUUUAAUGAAAGGAUGCAAAAGCUAUGCUGAAUUUUUGUGUGGUUAUGGUGCUGCCUUUAUCAACAUUACUGUCACAUUUCCCAUUAACAAGGUGACAUUUCGUCAGCAGCUCUAUGGUGUAAGUAGUGUGACUGCUUAUAAACAAAUUUAUCAUGAAGGUCUACGCCAUUUAUACCGUGGGCUUCUGCCUCCUUUGUUACAAAAGUCAACAUCUGUUGCAGCUAUGUUUGGAAUUUACCAGAAUUACAAUGAACUACUCUUGAGGAAAACUAAUCUGCCAACAGAUGUUAGGAAAGGCACUGCUGCAUUUUUUGCUGGAACUACAGAAGCAAUUUUGACACCUUUUGAGCGCAUACAGACACUUAUGCAAGAUCAGACUUACCAUAAACGUUUCCAGAACACCUUUGAAGCAUUUCGAAUGACAAGUUCUUACGGACUAAGGGAAUACUACCGUGGUUUGACUGCUAUUCUUUUGAGAAAUGGACCGAGCAAUGUUUGUUUCUUUUUGGGGCGGGACCAUAUCAAAGAAUGUCUUCCAGAAGCGGAAAGUAAAUUAGAAGUAAUUGGACAAGACUUUAUAAGUGGAGCUUUAUUAGGUGCUGUCAUUAGUACUGUUUUGUUUCCAUUAAAUGCUAUCAAAACACGCAUGCAGUCAGAAUUUGGAUGUAAAUUUAUCAGUAUUUACGAUGCUUACUGCAUACUGCUUACUGAACGUAAUUAUUCACGAAUUAACUUAUUACGAGGAAUGCAUAUCAAUUACAUAAGAUCAUUUAUGUCAUGGGGAAUUAUUAAUGCUUCUUAUGAAUUUUUGUUGACUUUCUUGAAACCAAAAUCUUGAUCACCUGAAAGUGAAUGCUGGACAGUAUGAUUCUGAGCCCAUAAAUAGUAAUGAAUUUUUUUUUUUUAAUUGAAAGGAUUUGUUCAAGGUAGGAUAGUAAAUGGGAAAAUAGUUUAGUGCUGAUUGCUUUACUGCUUUUUUUUUUUUUUUUACUUCUGUAGUUUAUUUGUAUUAAUGAUUUAGUAGUGUAGAAUAUUUGGCUGUGUUUGAAUGCACUAAUUUGAUGCAUGGUGGUGAUAUUUUCUGAAAUGCUUUUAUUGAUUUCAGUCCAUCUAAAGAUGAAAUAUAAUGCUUUUUGUGACAUACUUCCGUUUAUAAUAUUUGGGGAAUGAAUGCUGAUCAGUCGGUAUCAUGUUAAAAAGUUCAAACUGAAAGCAGAUUUUUGUUUUAGUUUGUAUAAGUUCUUCGUUCUAACCAUGUUGUUUCAAUUAUGUUCUCAUUCCCAUUUAAAAAUGGAACUAUUCUGCUGAUUAUCAAGUUAAACGCUUUAAUUACUAUAUGUUGUUGAGUAUAACCACCAGAUGAGGGUGCUAUCCCGAGAUACUACUAGUAAUUAAAUUAUUAAUAAUGAUUUUUUUUGACUUGGAACAGUCAUAUUUUUUUUUUUUGUAGCAGGUACAAUUAAUUAAUUUGACCAAAGCAGUUGACUAAGACUUAUUUUGAUCCUUUGUUUCUACCAUCCAUUACAGUCAAUAAUAUUGAAGUUAUUCUAACACUUAGUGUCAAAGGUUUUUCUUCUUUUUUUUUUACAUGUGUGAAUGUGAGUUUAAAAUUUAGAUGUGUGGUAUGCGAGAUGUUUGCUCUUUUGUUUUGUUGAAAAAUACUUUUUUUUCUUUUUUCAAUGAAACAUCAUUAAUUCUUUGUUUCUUGUUUCACUACAUGAUUAUUUUACCAAUUUUGUUUCUACAAAAACAAAGGUGAAAGCAAUCCUUUUCUUCUUAAUAUGAAAUUGACUAUUGUGUUUCCAGAAGAAAUAAAACUGAACAAUAUUUUGUAUUUGAUAUGGUAGAAAAGCUAUGAAUGAUAAUGUUUCACAUACAAAAUUGCAGAAUAUUUAAUAUAAAACAAUUCUGCAGUUUUGAAUCCUGAGAUUUAAAAAAUAAAAAAAAUAAUUGUAAGAUGUCAAAAAAUGUCUGGUAGUUAUUUGCACGUGGUUAAAUGUGUUAAUGACUACAAUGAAUUCUUUCGUUUGACUUAUGUUCUACUUAUUUUAAUAGGUUUUAAAGAAAGUAAUGUCAUUAGUUUAAUAAACACAGCAUGCAGUACAAACCCAUACACACAUAUAUAGGAAGGGGACCCAGCCAUAAAAAGUCUGCCUCAAAAGAAUUCCAUCUGAAUUAUGCCAACAAGAGAAAGUGGACAUUAAAGUGAUGUGAUGUUGUAUACACAUCUGUGUAUAUAUAUAUAUAUAUAUAUAUAUACAUAUAUAUAUAUAUAUAUGUGUGUGUGUAUAUAUAUAUAUAUGUGUGUGUGUUGACACGUGUGUAUAUAUAUGUACACAUACAUGUAUGUGUGUAUAUAUAUAUAUAUGUGUGUAUAUAUAUAUAUAUAUAUAUAUAUAUAUAUGCACACGCGCAUAUACAUGUAUAGAGAUAUAUUUGUGUGUGUGUAUGCCAAGUUGUGUCCUAACAUGACCACUUCUUGGAUGCUACCACAGAUCACAGACAGGACAACCACUGGGCAUUUGUUGGUCUAUUUCAGAAUCAGGGAACCUUUGUUUAGAUCACCUUCCUUUUUGGCCCUUCAUGAGUAACAGCUGAGCAUUGCUAUCCCUAGAAAUGGUUGCUCAGUCAUUCUGGGUGCCACCAAAUCUCUCCCUCAUUUAGAAAAGAAGGAGCCAGUACCCAUAUUUGAAAUUACAUACUUCAUGCUUGUCAGGCUUGUUUGUGCUACAACACCCUGUCACAGCAGGGCUUCAUGAGAGAUUUAUAAUGUGUUUUUCAACAAGUUUCUGUGCAUGGAAUUUGUUGUGAGUGAAGCAAAUACAGAACUGCUCUCACUUUUCAACUAGGACAGUUUUCCUACUGGUGGUCUAGUAUCAGCUGCAAUGACAAGAAAUUGAAUGGCUCUCAAGUUUUACAGUACAUCCUUCUUUUAGACAGAUGUUCUGACAGGAACUAGGGCUCCAUCACGCCAAAGUGGACUUACAGCAUUCCUGUACACCAUCUUAAGUAUUUCUGUGUAUGUGUGCAUAUAUGCAUACAGGCCUAGGUGUGUGUGUAUACACAUAGAUUUAUGUGUAUACAUAUAUAGGUAUGUAUGUGUGUGUGUGUAUAUAUAUAUUAUAUACACACACAUACUUUGCCUGAUGAGGAUAAUUAUAUAUCUUUGUUUGGCUGUGACUUGAUCAUUGAGUUGCAAGGUAGGUUGAAUUCAAAUUAAAUAAACCGUAUAAUUUUGUGCUUUGUAUUUGGUUUGCAAGAUUCUCGAUGUGAAAUUUUGCUGUCCUUGGGAGAGUCAUUAUGCCAUUGAUAAUAACAAAGACACAGGUUCAAUUCCACUUCUUUAUAAGUCAGGUGGUUAACUAUCUAACCACCUAACUAAACAACCAGUUAGAGGGUUAGAUAGUUAACCAAUUGACUAAGAAAGAAGUGGAAUUGAACCUGUGUGUGUGUGUGUGUUAUUAUUAAUGGCAUAAUGACUCUCCUAAGACACAGCAAAACCAUAUAAUCUGCAUUAUAUAUUGAAUACUCUCUUCCAUAUUUGUCAACAAACAGCAACUUUUGAACGUGUGUGUGUGUGUACACACACAUAUAUAUUUCAUGUGUGUAGAUCUUUUGCCAACUUAUAUCAUUGAAGGAUGUAAAUAUCAGUGAGUAAACUGGUGCUUUUUGAGAAAAGUUCUUUGUGAUAUUUGUUCUGCACCAAGUUACAGAUACUUGCUUGUCAUUCUCGCCUUGUGAACUACUGUGAACUUGUGAUUGUCUCAUUGGAAACCUAUAACCAACGAUGCUAUUGUUCACAAAUUAUGAUAUAUAUAUAUAUAUAUACACAUGAGAUAUAAGUUUAAAUUUUCAUCAAAGUAGCAGGCUUGUUUAUAUGUCUAUAAACAUGCAAACAAAUUACUUAAAUUUGUUUCAAAUAACUAAAUAAAAAAAAAAUCCCCUAAUAAUGACAGAAUUUUCUUUCCAACUUAUCAUCAAAUGGCAUUUACUGAAUAUCUAAGGUCUCUGGAGUAUUGCAGUCUAUUGGUUUCUAUUGUCAGCAUUAUAAAGUUGGUGUAAACUUGAAUGUUUAAGCUCUGUUGGAUCUUGUAUCCUUUAAAAAUUUCAAGAAACUGUCUCCAAAAGAUAACAGUCUCUUGAUUUCAAUAUCAGAUAUCUUCAGAGUGUUCAUAAUUUUCUUUCAUAUUCAUGAACGACAUAAUAUUUGUGAUCAAUUUUAUUUUCUCCUAAAUCACAUUAAAGGAGGUUAAAUUUUUUUUUCUCUUAAAUUAAAGCAGCUAUUAAUUACAAAUCAACUUCAAUCAAUUUUGAUUGCCAGUCAGUAUAACUUUUCAUAAAACAUUGUCUUGUUCAUUUGUUGUCUUUCUGGUACAAGAUGAAAAUGGAAAUAUUAAAUUCCAAAUUUGUUUAUACUGUAUAAAUGUUUUUUUUUCUAAAGUAAAAAAUGAAAAAUAAUAAAUAUAAUUCUAUUA